AUGAACCGGAGUGCUGAAGCUCUAUCCUCAGACUGCGCUGAGGUUCAGGUCCCCAGUCAGGUGUUCAUGGUCAUCGCCGUGGCCAGCCUGAGCGAGAACCUCUUGGUGAUUGUAGCCGUCAUCAAGAACAGGAACCUUCACUCCCCUAUGUACUGCUUCAUCUGCAACCUAGCCGUGUUUAACACCAUCUCCAGCCUCUGCAAGGCUUUGGAGAACGUCCUGCUGCUGUUUAAAGAAGCCGGCCACCUGAACUCCCUUGGUCUUUUUGAGCUAAACAUAGACGACAUCAUGGACUCUCUACUCUGCAUGUGCUUCCUGGGCUCCAUCUUCAGCAUCCUCACCAUAGCCGUGGACCGAUACAUCAGCAUAUUCCACGCUCUGCGCUAUCACACCCUCAUGACCAUGCGCCGCGUGGUGAUUGCGUUGUCCGCCAUCUGGGUGUUGUGCGGCACCAGCGGAGUGCUCAUGAUAGGCUUCUUCGAGGCCGCUACGGUGAAAAUCUUUUUCGUCGUGCUGUUCUUCACAGCUCUGCUCCUCAUCCUCUUGCUCUAUGUACAUAUGUUCCUUUUAGCACGCCACCAUGCCAACAAAAUUGCGUCUAUGCCAGGACUUCACGCGCACCAGAGACAAAGUGGCUUGAGGGGGGCCCUGACGCUUACCAUCUUGAUUGGGGUGUUUGUGGCCUGCUGGGCUCCUUUCUCUCUUCAUCUGCUGAUUAUGAUGAUUUGCCCCGAGAACCCCUACUGUGAGUGCUACCGCUCGCUCUUCCAGCUGAAUGUAGUGUUAUUGGUGAGUCACGCGGUCAUUGAUCCAGCCAUUUACGCUUUCCGUAGCACGGAGCUACGCAACACCUACAAGAAAAUGUUCCUGUGUUCAGCUUCAAGGAUCUUUAAAGAAUGUGUCUGA